AUGAGGCCUGAGAACCAGAGCAGCGUGUCCGAGUUUGUUCUCCUGGGGCUGCCCAUCCUGCCAGAGCACCAGGGUGUGUUCUUCGCCCUCUUCCUGGGCAUGUACCUUACCACGGUGCUGGGCAACCUGCUCAUCAUCCUGCUCAUCAGACUGGACUCCCACCUGCACACACCCAUGUACUUCUUUCUCAGCCACCUGGCCCUCACUGAUGUCUCUUUCUCAUCUGUCAUUGUCCCUAGGAUGCUGAUGAACAUGCAGACUCAUCACUUCUUCAUUUCCUACCCAGGGUGUAUUUCUCAGUUGUAUUUUUAUAUAUGUUUUAGUUGUGUUGAUAAUCUUCUUCUGGCAGUGAUGGCAUAUGACAGGUAUGUGGCCAUCUGUCACCCUCUACACUAUACCACCAUCAUGAGGGAGGAGUUGUGUGUGCUGCUGGUGAGUGCCUCAUGGAUUACUUCAUGUGCCCAUGCACUGUUGCACACUGUCCUCUUGGUCGGAGUCAUGAGGCCUGAGAACCAGAGCAGCGUGUCCGAGUUCCUCCUCCUGGGGCUCCCCAUCAGGCCAGGAGAGCAGGGUGUGUUCUUCACCCUGUUCCUGGGCAUGUACCUGACCACAGUGCUGGGCAACCUGCUCAUCAUCCUGCUCAUCAGGCUGGACUCCCACCUGCACAAACCCAUGUACUUCUUCCUCAGCCACUUGGCAUUCACUGAUAUCUCUUUUUCAUCUGUCACUGUCCCUAAAAUGCUGAUGGAUAUACAUACAAGGCAACAAUCCAUCCCCUAUGUGGCUUGCAUGUCUCAGUUGUAUUUUUUCAUACUUUUUGGUUGUGUUGAAAAUAUCCUUCUUGCCAUGAUGGCAUAUGACAGGUAUGUGGCCAUCUGUCACCCUCUACACUAUAACACCAUCAUGAGGGAGGAGUUGUGUGUGCUGAUGGUGGCUGCCUCAUGGAUUACUUCAUGUGCCCAUGCCCUGUUGCAUACUGUCCUCUUGGUCCGACUCUCCUUCUGUGCUGACAAUGUCGUCACCCACUUCUUCUGUGACAUCACUGUGCUCCUGAAGCUCAGCUGCUCAGACAUCUCCCUCAAUGAGCUGGUCAUUCUCACUGAGGGAGGAAUUCUUUCUUUCCUGCCUUUGUGUAUAGUUUUGGGCUCAUAUAUCCGUAUAGGCACCAUCAUCCUGAGGGAUCCCUCCACUAAGAGACUCCUGAAAGCCUUCUCUACCUGUGGCUCCCAUCUCUUUGUGGUGUCUUUAUACUAUGGGACUAUUGUAGGUGUUUACUUUUUGUCCUCCUCAUGGGAUUCCAAAGAUGUAAUUGCUUCAGUCAUGUAUAUGGUAGUUACCCCCAUGCUGAACCCCUUCAUCUACAGUCUGAGGAACAGAGAUGUAAAGCAGGCCUUAGAAUAUUUGUCUACAGGAUUAAAAAAGUUAAUAUAUCAACCAGAUCAUGUUUGA